CCAAACCCUCGGCCUAUAAAUACCUAUUGUCCUCGGCUCUCACAACCCCUCCCUCUCUCUCUAGGUUGCUCGCUCUGUGUGUGUGUGUGUGUGUCUCUCUCUUAGCCCUUUGUUUGGAACGAUCCGAGAGUUUGAGCAAACAUGUUGGUUUACCAGGACCUCCUCACAGGUGAUGAGCUGCUCUCGGACUCGUUUCCAUACAAGGAAAUUCAGAAUGGAAUUCUGUGGGAAGUUGAGGGAAAGUGGGUUGUUCAAGGUGCUGUUGAUGUAGACAUUGGUGCAAACCCUUCUGCUGAAGGUGGAGAAGAUGAUGAGGGUGUUGAUGACCAAGCUGUUAAGGUUGUUGACAUUGUUGACACCUUUAGGCUUCAGGAGCAACCUUCUUUUGAUAAGAAGCAAUUUGUCACAUUCAUGAAGAGAUACAUCAAGUUGUUGACACCCAAGCUUGAAGGGGAGCAACAAGAUAUCUUUAAGAAGAACAUUGAGGGAGCAACCAAGUUCCUGCUUUCGAAGCUCAGUGACCUCCAAUUUUUCGUGGGGGAGAGCAUGCACGAUGAUGGCGGUCUUGUAUUUGCCUAUUACAAGGAAGGUGCCACUGACCCAACAUUUUUGUACUUCGCCCAUGGUCUGAAGGAGAUCAAGUGCUAAAAAGUAGCGUUGCUGGCUUCGAAGCAGUUGUUUCUGUAACCGUAGUUUCUAUUACUGUUGGUUUUCUAUUUUUUGCCGUUUGUUCUGUUGACAUUAAGGCCUCGUGCCUAUUGUUUUCUUCUGGUUUUAAUGGGUAUUUUCUUAUUAUAAUGUGA